GUCAUUUUCCAAAGAGCAAGUGCUGUGCUGCUGCUGCAAGGACAUUGACAUUUUUUUAACGCCAAAUCUACGUAUUGUUGAAAAUUUUUGUGGUAUAAAAAUCUUCAUUUUCACAAUAAAAUAAAUAAGAAACACGAUUAGGAAAAUAACAUCAAAACAUGUCUGAAAAUAUUGUUAUUAGUGAUCUACAAAAACAAAUCUUUGAAAAACUAUCAAAAAAUGAAACGAACGAGUUCAAACAGUUGAUAACCCAUAUCAAGUCCACGGUUAAUUUUGUGGAUGAAAAUGGAAUGAGCCCCCUGCAGCAUGCGUGUAGUAAAGGAAACAUAGAAGCAGUUAAAAUUUUGCUGGAUCAAGGUGCUGAUGUGAAUUUCAAUCAACAUGGUGCAAACUACACGUCCCUUCAUUUUGCAGCUUUAUCUGGAAACAAAGAUAUAUGCAAUUUACUAUUAGACGCUGGAAUUAUUCCAACAACGUUGAAUUCAGUCUCGAGAACAGCUUCUCAGAUGGCAGCGUUCGUUGGAAAUUAUACAUGUGUCGAAGCAAUAAAUAAUUACGUGCCAAAAGCUCAAAUUGAACAAUUUACCAAAAUUCAGGGCAACCAAAAAGAACCCUGUUUGCCACCUCAGUUGCUAGAUAGUUUUCAUAAAUUUGUCAUCGAAGUUAAUCUUCAUCCUGUUCGUAUUGCGCUCAAUUUACAAAGAAACGGAAAUCUAAUAAAACAUUUGCCAAAACUUAAAAAAGUUCUCCAGCUGAUGACCGAGAAGGAAAUGCAUAAAAAGUGCGACAUAAACGAAUUAAUGGCAUUCAAAUAUCAUUAUUUGCGUUGGACAAUCUCUGAAAUAAUGCGUUGUGAGGAGCAAUGCCAACUGAGAAAAGAAAAGAACAACGAUUCCGAUGGGAAGCACGAUUUUAUUGAAUUGUUUGUUAAGCGUGUGUUAAAAGAAAAUAAACAGGGACAAUUGGAGUAUGUAGAGUUUACUAUCAGAGACUGCGUUCGAGAAUUUCCGUUCAGGGAAUGUACGAUAUUCCGUCAGGUUGUAUCGCAAUUAGCCAAUAAAGAUUCACCGCCAGCUUUAUUUGUCUUGAGAAGUGCCAUUAAUGGACAGCGUGGGUUUAUUGAUGAAAUAUCAUUCUGCAGCACUUGCGGCGAAGAAAAACCCGAUAAAAAGUGUUCAAAGUGCAAAGCAGUACAAUACUGCGACAGAGAGUGUCAACGACUACAUUGGUUCAUGCAUAAGAAGACAUGUGCCCGGCCAACAUCGGCUGCUGUAAAUUCAAAUCAUCUUUCUGGGACAGCAGAAAACAAACAUGAUAUAGACGCAGGUGAAAUUCAAGAAACACUCAAAAACCUGGUGGUUAGUUAAGAAAGUAAAAUCUAAUAUUAUUGAAAAACUUGAAACACACUAAAUUUGUAUUGCCUCCAAACACACAUUUUCAUUUUUCGUUUUUAUAUUGUAAACUUAAAAAAUCAACUAUCUGAAUGAAAUAAUUUAACACAAAGGACUUGUUGCGUACGUAACAAUUUAACGUAUAUAAAACAUUCUAAAAACAAAUAAUAUUAAAUAAAAAUACAUACUGUGCAUUGCAGUUGACAUAACCCUUUUUUUUGUCUAAUUAUAAGCUUAUACGAAAUAAAAUAUAUGUGUUUGAAAUAAG